ACUUCCGGACAAACUUGAGAUUCGGUCUAGGCCUCGCUACUUCUAUAAUGAAAGUCCUAUAUAGUUUGCGCUGGAAGGCUCAGCGGGAAAAGCUACACCGGAAGUUGUCAUAAAAGAUUCCUCAGUCUUUCUUCGGCGCGUGCAUUCACUCUUAGAUGACUGGGCGGGACGUCUAAGUAAAGCGCGUUCUCAUUCGCUAAGAGAGUAGCCCGCGGAGCCAAUCGACGCGGAGACGUUUGCAAACAUGGCGGCCGCCUGGUCAAGUUUUUCCUUUUUUUCACAAUGCUGGGCUAUAUUUUUGCCCGUCAAGCAGGUCUUGACGACCCGCUGAGGUUACGCCGGGCUGAGUCUACCAGGAGGGUGUUAAGCUUGGAAUUAAGCAAGGAUAAAGAUGUCGAAAGGAUCCAUGGGAGUGGUAUUAGUACUCUGGAUAUUGAACCUGUUGAAGGACGAUACAUGUUAUCAGGUGGUUCAGAUGGCAUUAUUGUUUUGUACGACCUUGAAAACUGUAGCGGAAAAUCAUGCUAUACAUGUAAGGCAGUUUGUUCAGUGGGCAGAAGUCAUCCUGACGUGCAUAAAUUCAGCGUGGAGACAGUGCAGUGGUAUCCUCAUGACACUGGCAUGUUUACGUCAAGUUCAUUUGAUAAAACACUGAAAAUAUGGGAUACGAAUACGUUACAACCUGCAGAUGAGUUUAAUUUUGAAGGAACAGUAUACAGUCAUCACAUGUCUCCUGUUGCUACAAAGCAUUGCUUAAUUGCAGUUGGUACCAAAAGCCCCAAAGUACAGCUUUGUGACUUGAAGUCUGGAUCUUGUUCUCACAUUCUGCAGGGACACAAACAGGAAGUACUGGCGGUAUCUUGGUCACCACGUUAUGAGUACAUCUUGGCAACUGCAAGUGCUGACAGUAGAGUGAAAUUGUGGGAUGUGAGGAGAGCAUCUGCUUGUCUGAUUACUCUUGAUCAACAUAAUGGGGAGAAGUCAAAAGCAUCUUCUGAAGCAGCAAAUACGGCCCAUAAUGGGCGAGUUAAUGGCUUAUGCUUUACAAGCGAUGGGCUUCACCUUCUAACAGUUGGCACAGAUGAUCGUAUGAGACUUUGGAAUAGUUCCAGUGGGGAGAAUACACUGGUGAACUAUGGGAAGGUAUGCAAUGAGAGUAGAAAAGGACUCAAAUUUGCUGUCUCUCAUGGCUGCAGUCCAGAAUUUGUGUUUGUGCCAUACAGUAACACUAUUGCCAUUUAUACCAUUGACUCUGGAGACCUAAUAACUAUGCUUAGGGGCCAUUAUAGUUCUGUCGACUGCUGCAUCUUUCAGCCUCAUUUUCAGGAACUUUACAGUAGUGGCAGAGAUAGCAAUAUCCUUGUCUGGGUGCCAUCUGUGAGAGAACCAGAGCCCGAUGAUGCCUCUGAAAAGUGUUUGAAUCCAGCUUAUGAAGAUGCCUGGAGCAGCAGCAGUGAUGAUGAAGGAUGAAUUCCUGGUGAACUAUUGACAUAAACUUGUUAUCUAUGUGCUAUGUUUUGGAUGUCAUCUUGGCGUUCCUGACAAGUACCUACUACCAGCAGUGUUUUCAUCAAGAUCUUAUACUGUAAAUACUAUGCUUUUCCCUGUACAGAUAACUGUUUCUUUUUGCUCUUAACGUUUUGUGGUCCUCUGUGUUCCUUACCAUUAUGUCACUCUGGAAUUAUGUCACCUUCAGUACAAAUGGAUUGGGGAAUCUCCUUUUUUGUUCUCAUCCAUAAAGACACAACAAACAGAUCUGCUCAUGUUUUUUUAGUGUGGGAGAAUGAAGUUUGAGUCCAGUGGCACCUUUUAAGACUGUGCACUGAAGAAGUGUGCUUGCACAUGGAAGUUUAAACCUUGAAUAAAACGUUGUUCUGCCACUGGACUCAAACAUUACUCUGUUGAUUCCAACCAACAGCCCCCCAAAUCUAAGCACAUAACAAUUGCCAAAUAUUUUAAUAAUUAUAGUUGUUUACUGUCACUAUGGUUGCUUUAGCCUGUGAUAAUGGUUAUCCUUCUUGCAUUAGAAAUAAACAAUAGCGAAAGAAGGGCCUACCUUUCUUUACUACCAUUUGCUCAACAUUUAAACCACCUAAGGGUGUCCAAAGACAAAACAGACUACUUUGGUGCAAACUGGGAUCUUAGGAAAUCAAGCUGCUGCCUGCAGGUCUCUUGCAGAAGUAAAGGCCUUCCCCCCUUCUGCUCCUGGGCCUUUUUUUAUAUCUCCUGAAGGAUUGCCAUGUAUCAUGGCUUUUAAUCUGAGACCCAGUAUGGUGUAGUGUUGAACUAGAAUCUGAAAAGGCCAGGUUUGAGUCCCCACUGGGCCAAGGAAGUUUGUUGGGUGACCUUGAGCCUCUCACAUACUCUCAGCCUAACCUAUUUCUCAGGGUUGUUCUGAGGAUAAACAGAGGAGAGGAGAACAACCACUUUGGGGUCUCCACUGAGGUGAAAGGCAGGAUGUAAAUAAAUCUAGAACAUCACAGUCCCAAAGUACAACAAGAGCUUUAACCAGAAAACAGAUAAGAACCUUUCACAUUUCUUCCACAGCAGUUGAUUUUUUUAAGAAUCUCAGAGCACCUCUUUGUGUUUCUUUCUCUUUCCUCAUUUGAGUCUCCCUGUUGUACAGUAUAUACUGGCUGCUGGUACAACCCCUUCCAUCUGUGGUAUUUUUGUGUAUCUCCUGCAGGCCAGGCCCUGAAAUGUUGUCAUGACAAGAAGCUCUGAAUGUAUGCCUCAUCUGAACAAAAAAUAUAAAUCUGCACUUAAAUGUAGCUAUUUGGUUUGCUGUUGAUGUGCUUAACAGUUUGGAAAAGUUCUCUUCCCACCUCUGUGUCGGUCACUGCCCUGGGAAGAGCAUUCCUCCCAUUGGCUCAGCAGGGCACGAGCUAACUUUAUACAACUUGGAAUGUUUAUAGUUACACAAAACUGUUUCGUUCCGGAGGGGAGCUGUGUUGGUCUGCAGUAGAAGGGCCAAAUUCUGAUGAAGGGGGCUUUGACUUUCGAAAACUUAUACCUUGAAAAUCUUGUUCUCUCACAUGCAACUGGACUCGAACUUAGCUGGAAAUGUGUAUUAUGACUUGUAACGGUGCAUUUUCAGACUAAAGGCAUGUUGAUUUAGAGGCAUGAUGACCACCUUUAAAAACUUCAGUCUCAAUAUUGAUUUACUUCAUUUAUAGUCUUCCUCUGUCUCCAAUGGGAUUCCAACACAGGCUUACAUUGUUCUCGUCUCCUCAUCCUCUGUGAGAUAGGUUAGGUUGAGAGCAUGUGGCUGGCUCAGGCAAAGGAGAUUUGAAUCUAGGUCUUUCAGAUCCUAGUCCAGCAUUUUAACCAUUACACCACACUGACUCUGUGAAACUGUUCACAAGAAUGCACAUUAGUCAUAUCUGAAGCAACUCUCUGUUUCUGAAACUACAGUGACUUGCCUGAAUUAAUAUACUUUUCUUACUGUUCCUCAUUAGCCUGGAGGCAUUUUAUUUUAUUUAAUUCAGUAUUAAAAUACUCAUCAUGUGGGGGCUCUUAAGGGAAUAUAUAUUACCAAAAUGUUAAAGGGUGUGAGCAACUGAAACUGACUUAGAUCAAGAUAUUAUUUCCUUUCCAGAUGUAAUGAGUCCUGGCAUCUUAAAACAUGGCUUCAAGAGAUUCAUGAUUGUCAGUUACUUUCCAUAUACAUAACGCUGUCACACUCUUCUCAAAUCAGACUUGACAUCUUAAAUGCAGUAAAAGUAUUUUAUAGGGUUGGACAGUAUGCUGGGAAUCCCUACAUGUAAUGAACCACAUUUUACAUUGCUCAUAUAUAAAUAAUUUCUGCACCCACAUCAAACUGCUUUUAGGUGUGGUCUGGUGAUAAUUAGAAAAUAAGCAGACAUCAUUUCCCAGCUGGUAAAAGAAAUGAGACAUAUACCAAAUUAUAAUUACCUUUCAG